GCGGGCGGAGCCGUAGCCGCAGUCUCCUCGUGCGUCCGCAUCCAGGAAGCCGGGAAGCCCGGCGUUCGGGAUCCCGCGUGGAGGUGCGCGAUGUCGGAGGGGGAAAAUAGGCAGAGCGAAGGCUCCCCGCAGGCCGGCGUGGUGACUGUCAGCGACGUCCAGGAACUGAUACGGCGCAAGGAGGAGAUCGAGGCGCAGAUCAAAGCCAACUAUGAAGUGCUGGAGAGCCAAAAAGGCGUGGGGAUGAACGAGCCGCUGGUGGACCGCGAGGACUACCCCCGGUCAGACGUGGACCUGUACCAAGUCCGAACCGCAAGGCACAACAUCGCCUGCCUGCAGAAUGAUCACAAGGCCAUCAUGAAGCAGGUGGAAGAGGCCCUGCACCAGCUACACGCUCGCGACAAGGAGAAGCAGGCCCGGGACAUGGCUGAGGCCCACAAGGAGGCCAUGAGCCGCAGCCUGGGCCAGAGCGAGGGCCUCAGCCCCCCACAGGCCUUCGCCAAAGUGAACAGCGUCAGCCCGGGCUCCCCAGCCAGUACCGCGGGUCUGCAAGUGGACGAUGAGAUUGUGGAGUUUGGCUCUGUGAACACCCAAAACUUCCAGUCUCUGCAUAAUGUUGGCAGUGUGGUGCAGCACAGUGAGGGGAAACCCUUGAAUGUGACAGUGAUCCGCAGAGGGGAGAAACACCAGCUUAGACUUGUCCCGACCCGCUGGGCAGGAAAAGGACUGCUGGGCUGCAACAUUAUUCCUUUGCAGAGAUGAUUGUCCCUGGGAAACGGUAGUAGGAAGACAUCUUCCCUUGCCCUGGACAUGGGUCUGGUUGGGACUCUCUUCCUUCUCUUCUCUUCCCGAAGCUUAAGGAUCUGGAAGAGGCUGGAAGCCUGAACUUCUGGGUGAUGGAAAUGCCGUGGCCUCCCAGUGUAAUCUCUUGGGUUUAAGGCCUUGUUAACUUGAUUUGUGCUUGGCAUCUUUUGCAAAUUAGGCCGUGGCCCCUAAACGGGAGUCCUCUGGAUUGUGGGCAAGUGGGCGGGAGUUAUUCUGACAGGAGCUGAUAGGACUUUAUUCUUUUAGGAAUUUUUUUUCCCAAAUAAACAGUUUUCAGUGUUGAUAUGA